CAGCCUCGGUUGCCUCCGUAAUCAAAAUCGCUUACGUAGCUCCGGGUUUUGCUUCUCGCUCUGGUGCGCCCCGCCUCUGCCCUUUACCUCCUGCUUCCUUCCUUAUUUCGCUCAGUUCCGCGCUGGUCCCUGGGACAUUCUAAGACCACCAAGUCCUCGAAAGCUCCCAUUGGUUCUCCCGUCUCCAGAGGCUCCGCCUCCGUCGCGCUGAGCUCUCCAUUGCGUUUCCCCAGGCGCUAGAGGAGUAGGCUGCCAAACCCAGUUUCACUGCGGUGGAGCAGUCGAGCAGCCAGAAGCGGCCUCUCUCUCCUGGAUCCCACUGCCUUGUGGGACGGUGGCUGGGUCCGCCGGCCCCAGCUACUUUUCCGGAUUCCUUUGCCCUACCGCCACUCCCCGCCUCCUUGUCAAGUACGGAAGCUGAGAGGGUCCGCGAGCAGCCAUGGCGGCGCAUCUUAAGAAGCGAGUGUACGAGGAAUUCACUAAGGUAGUUCAGCAACAACAGGAGGAAAUUGCUACUAAGAAACUCCGACUAACAAAACCAAGUAAAUCUGCAGCACUCCACAUAGACCUGUGUAAAGCCACCUCUCCAGCAGAUGCUUUGCAGUACCUACUUCAGUUUGCCCGGAAGCCAGUUGAAGCAGAAAGUGUGGAGGGAGUAGUCAGGAUUCUCUUGGAACAUUAUUAUAAGGAGAAUGAUCCAUCUGUGAGACUGAAAAUUGCAUCAUUAUUGGGGUUAUUGUCGAAGACAGCGGGAUUUUCACCAGACUGUAUUAUGGAUGAUGCCAUUAAUAUCCUACAGAAUGAAAAGUCUCAUCAAGUCCUCGCUCAACUGUUGGAUACUUUGCUUGCAAUUGGCACCAAACUCCCAGAGAAUCAAGCUAUCCAGAUGCGAUUAGUUGAUGUAGCCUGCAAGCACCUGACAGAUACUUCCCAUGGUGUAAGAAACAAGUGCUUGCAAUUACUUGGUAACCUUGGCUCUUUGGAGAAAAGUGUCACAAAGGAUACAGAAGGCCUAGCUGUCAGAGAUGUCCAGAAAAUUAUAGGGGAUUACUUCAGUGACCAAGACCCCCGUGUCAGAACAGCAGCUAUAAAAGCAAUGUUGCAGCUCCAUGAAAGAGGACUGAAGUUACACCAAACAAUUUAUAAUCAGGCCUGUAAAUUGCUCUCCGAUGACUAUGAACAAGUGCGCAGUGCCGCAGUCCAGCUUAUCUGGGUUGUCAGUCAGCUCUAUCCUGAAAGCAUUGUCCCAAUCCCUUCUUCUAAUGAAGAAAUUCGCUUAGUUGAUGAUGCAUUUGGGAAAAUAUGUCACAUGGUCAGCGAUGGCUCCUGGGUGGUUCGAGUUCAAGCUGCAAAGCUAUUGGGCUCUAUGGAGCAAGUCAGUUCUCAUUUCUUGGAGCAGACACUUGACAAGAAGCUGAUGUCAGAUCUGAGGAGGAAACGUACUGCACAUGAGCGUGCCAAGGAACUUUACAGUUCAGGGGAGUUUUCCAGCGGCAGGAAGUGGGGAGAUGAUGCUCCCAAGGAAGAAAUAGACACAGGGGCUGUGAACUUGAUCGAGUCGGGAGCUUGUGGAGCCUUCGUUCAUGGAUUGGAAGAUGAAAUGUAUGAGGUCCGCAUCGCUGCUGUGGAGGCGCUCUGCAUGCUGGCCCAGUCCUCACCCUCUUUUGCCGAGAAGUGCCUUGACUUUCUGGUGGACAUGUUUAAUGAUGAAAUUGAGGAAGUACGCCUGCAGUCCAUACACACCAUGAGAAAAAUCUCUAACAACAUCACGCUCCGCGAGGAUCAGCUGGACACUGUCCUGGCCGUGUUGGAGGAUUCAUCCAGAGAUAUUAGAGAGGCCCUUCAUGAACUUUUGUGCUGUACUAAUGUUUCAACCAAAGAGGGAAUCCAUCUUGCACUGGUGGAGCUGCUGAAAAAUUUAACCAAGUACCCUACCGACAGGGACUCCAUAUGGAAAUGCCUGAAGUUUCUAGGAAGUCGACAUCCAACCCUGGUGCUUCCCUUGGUGCCAGAGCUCCUGAGCACCCACCCGUAUUUUGAUACAGCUGAACCAGACAUGGAUGAUCCAGCGUACAUUGCAGUUUUGGUGCUUAUCUUCAACGCCGCUAAAACCUGCCCAACCAUGCCUGCGCUGUUCUCGGAUCAUACCUUCCGGCACUACGCCUACCUCCGGGACAGUCUUUCUCAUCUGGUUCCUGCCCUGAGGUUCCUGCAGCAGAGCCUGGAGAGGGUGUACAGUCUUCAGCACCUGGACCCUCAGGGAACCCAGGAGCUGCUAGAGUUCACCAUCAGGGAUCUGCAGAGACUUGGAGAACUGCAGUCUGAGUUGGCAGGAGUCGCUGACUUCUCUGCUGCCUAUCUGCGGUGUCAGCUGCUCCUCAUCAAGGCCUUACAGGAAAAGCUGUGGAAUGUGGCCGCCCCUUUGUAUGUGAAGCAGAGUGAUUUGGCCUCAGCAGCCGCAAAACAGAUCAUGGAAGAGACCUACAAAAUGGAGUUCAUGUACAGUGGUGUGGAGAAUAAGCAGGUAGUGAUCAUACAUCACAUGAGGCUGCAGGCCAAAGCCUUGCAGCUGAUAGUAACGGCGCGAACGACUCGAGGGGUUGACCCCUUAUUUGGGAUGUGUGAGAAAUUUUUACAGGAAGUGGAUUUUUUUCAGAGGUGUUUCAUCGCUGAUUUACCCCACCUGCAGGAUAGUUUUGUGGACAAACUUCUUGACCUUAUGCCUCGGCUCAUGACUUCCAAACCUGCAGAAGUGGUCAAAAUUCUCCAGACCAUGCUGAGGCAGAGUACCUUCCUGCACCUCCCCCUUCCAGAGCAGAUCCACAAGGCCUCAGCCACCAUCAUUGAGCCAGCAGGCGAGUCAGACAACCCUUUGAGGUUUACAUCUGGGCUGGUGGUCGCCCUGGAUGUUGAUGCAACCCUGGAACAUGUGCAGGAUCCCCAGAACACUGUGAAGGUCCAGGUCUUAUAUCCAGAUGGCCAGGCUCAGAUGAUCCACCCCAAGCCCUCAGACUUCCGGAAUCCCGGCCCAGGGCGGCACCGGCUCAUCACUCAGGUGUAUCUCUCCCACAGUGCCUGGACAGAACCAUGCCAGGUGGAAGUGAGGCUGCUGCUGGCCUACAACUCCAACUCGCGCAUUCCAAAAUCCCCCUGGAUCGAGGCGGGCGAGAUCCCAUCCCAGGCGGAAACCAGCAUCGAGGGCACCAUCCCCUUCAGCAAGUCUGUAAAAGUUUACAUAAUGCCCAAACCUGCCAGGCGCUGAGUCACAAGCAGUCUUCACUCCUGUGACCGAGAAGGCCCUUCAUGGAUGUCAGAGUGAGGCAGAAGCCUGCAGGAUUCACCUGGAAAUGGUAUAUGGGAGGGACAUGUGACCCUUACACUCUCAUCUGGUAUCAAACACAAGAUAAACUAUUUUGCAUUAAGAAAACAGAAACCUUCCAGUCUGUUCUCUCCUCACCAUCACUCCUUAUAAUAAAGUCGAAAAAGCACCAAGAUGGUCCUUCAAGUAAUUUGUGUGGCUAUAGAACCAACAUGUAUUCCAUAUGCUUUCAUUCCUCCGGCUUGAAACAGAGAUCCAGAUUUUAGUUAUCUCCAAAGAACCUGUUAUUAGAGUCGGUCAUUUUAAAUCAUUUCAUUUUCAAUUAGAGUUGACAUACAUUAUUAUAUUAGUUUCAGGUGUACACCCCAGUUAUUAGCCAUUAUGUAACUUAGGGAUCAUCUCAAUAAAUCUCACACCCAUCUGACACACUUAAACUGUUAUAGACUAUUAUAGAAUAUAUUCCCUGUGCUGUAUGUACUUUACAUUCCCAUGACUAUUCUGUAUCAACCAAUUUAAAUUUCUUAAUCCUUUCACCUUUUCACCCAUCCCCCAACCCCCUCCCUUCUGGCAACUGUCAAAACAUUCUCUGUAUCUGUGGUUGUUUAUGUUCUAUUCGUUCAUUUAUUUUGUUUUGUUUAGAUUCAACUGUUGGGAGGUAUCUACUUAUUGCCAUUUUAUUUUUCAUAGUUUUGAUCUUAAAGAAGA